CUCUUGGUUUGAACCUAUUCAUUUGCUCAACUGUUAACUCAUCACUAUGAACUGACAGAAAGACAAAAAACACUUUAAUUAAAAUAUAAGUGGAAUAAAAAGCUCAGAAUUUAAAAUUGAAAUGAUUACUCUCGGCUGUUUUCUAACAAUUGAUUAAUUUACAAGGUUGCUGUUUUACCUUCACAGUUCUGAGAUAAUGGCCAUCAUAAGCGUUUCCGGUUCGGAUUCACCAGAAAGCAUCCAAACUCCUCUCCUACACGGCGUCGUUCAAGGAUCCGUUGAUUACAAAGGCCUCCCUAUCUACAGAUCAAAUUCCGGCGGGUGGAGAUCAGCGUCUUUCAUAUUAGGGAUGGAAUUUGCAGAGAGGUUGGCGCACUACGGAAUAGCAUCGAAUCUAAUUACGUAUUUGACAGGGCCGCUCGGUCAGUCGACGGCGACUGCGGCCGAGAACGUGAACGCUUGGACCAGAGCGUCUUUUUUAUUUCCUUUAAUUGGUGCUUUUGUUGCUGAUUCUUUUCUCGGAAGAUAUCGUACCAUCGUCGUUUCCUCUCUGAUCUGCAUUUUGGGUCUUGGCUUGCUGACUAUGUCGGCUACAAUUUCUUCUUUCGGUGCUUCUAAUUGCCCAAGCACCAAUACUUCGACAGCUUGUUCUCCUAGCCCAUUUCAAGUAGUUUUCUUCUUCUUUUCUCUAUAUUUGGUAGCUUUUGGACAAGGUGCGUACAAAUCUUGUGUUCAGGCUUUUGGAGCAGACCAAUUUGAUGAAAAAGACCCUGGGGAACACAUUGCCAAAAGCUCGUUCUUCAACUGGUGGUAUUUUUGUCUGUGUUCGGGCAUCUUAUUAGCACGACUGUUCUUAGUCUACAUACAAGACAACCUUAAUUGGACCUUUGGAUUUGGAAUCCCAUGUAUUGUGAUGGUCAUUGCACUAUUCAUCUUCUUACUUGGAAGUAAGACGUAUCGCUAUAUUGUCAAGGUGGAAGAAAAAAGUGCAUUUCAAAGAAUUGGACAGGUUUUUGUUGCAACCGUUAGAAAUUGGCGAUCUUCUUGUUCUGCAAUAGCCUUGGAGGAAGAAUCUUGUGGAUCACUCCCUCACCGUAGUUCUGAGCAAUUCAAGUUCCUUGACAAAGCCCUGUUUGUUCCAAAUGACUCAAAGGAGCGUGAGAAGGUGUGUAGCCUUAGUGAAGUUGAAGAAGCUAAGGCAAUACUUAGGCUUGUUCCCAUAUGGGCUUUAUGCUUGUUAUUUGGUGUUGUGGAUGUACAGUUCCCAACUUUAUGUACUAAGCAAGGAGCAACUAUGGAUAGAUCAAUUGCACCAGGUUUCGAUAUACCACCAGCUUCAUUUCAAUCUAUUGCCACCCUUUCUGUUGUUACAUUCAUUCCAAUCUAUGACCGCAUCAUUGUUCCCUUGGCAAGGGAUUUAACCAGGGAACCUUCUGGCAUUACAAUGCUUCAAAGGAUUGGAACUGGGAUGUUUUUUUCUGCCCUGAGUAUGGCAAUUGCUGCUAUAGUUGAGAUGAAGAGGCUUGCAGUCGCUCGUGAAUAUGGACUAGUUGAUAAGCCAAAUGAGACACUUCCAAUGAGCAUUUGGUGGCUGGUUCCUCAAUACAUCACGGAUGGAGUUGCUCAUGCAUUGACCGCGGUUGGUAUGCAAGAAUUCUUCUAUGAUCAGGUUCCCAGAGAAUUAAGAAGUGUGGGUCUUUCUCUCUUUAUCAGCGCCAUUGGCGUAGGAAGCUUGAUUAGCAGUUUUCUCAUCUCUAUCAUCGAGAUAGUCACUGGAGGGAAAGGUCGUGAUAGUUGGUUUGCUAAUAAUCUGAAUCGAGCUCAUCUUGAUUACUUCUAUUGGCUACUAGCUGGACUAGGCACACUACAAUUGGUUGCUUACUUGUAUUUUGCAAAAAAAUUUGUAAAUAAAAGGUGAGGCACAAAAGUAAAUGCGGUGUUCACCAUAAACCUAAUGGGAUUCUAUUAUUAAAUAUAUAGAUUUUACAUAAUUAUGUUUUAAAUUUAUGAUAAAUUAAGUUUAAAUAAGAAUUUUUCUAGAGGUAUCCUAAUAAAUGUGUAUAUGUAAUAUUGAUAUUAUCAUGUCAUGUAUAAAUGGAAAUUGUUGCCAAUUUGUAAAAUUUU